GUGUGAAAAUAUUAUUGAACAUCAAAAUUUCUUUGUAUUCAAAAUAGUUGCCCUAUUUACACCGUUUCAAUUCACUCUCCUUUUACCUCUCGACCCAUUGGUUAAAAAGUUGAAGCCUUAUACAAGAACCAUCUUGCCAUCCCUAGAUAGUUUAUUUCUUCUGCAAAAUAAGAACUUUCCACAACCCCACAUUACAAGAUCAUAAAUUAAUCAAGCAAGUACAAUUUAGAUUGUUUACUCACACUUGUACUCCGUAUACCUACUUAUAAUGAUCCCCCCACUCUUUCAGAUUUUUCUGAAGGGUUAGCAGAACCCUAACCCUAACGAAAGCCAGAGGCAAUCAAGGCCAACACACACACCAUUAACGGGCUCAAGAGUUGAAUGAUUUGACCUGCUCUGCUUACCUUGCUUCCACAGAAUGGGGAAAAAAACCAACACAUGCAUUUUAUUAUACAUGUCUUGUCACUCUCUCUUUCUCUCUCUUGGUACCACUAGUCUACUACCAAUGCACCUGAUUCAGCAGAUAAUCCAUUCACAUAAUAAUAAUUGAAUAAAUAAUAUAUAGAAGCUAUGGAAAGAAAAUUCAACUUCCAUCAUUGGCCUAAUUGAAACCCUUUCCUCUUACCGUUUCUGCAAAACAACUUUUUCUUUUUCUUCUGAUGAUGCGUGUUAAGUCCUCAUAAGUAGUUUCCCUUCCCAGAAAAAAAAAUAUUUACCUAUAAAAGGAGGUCAUCACUUUGGACCGUUAAGUUGGGAGCUGAAGAAAAACCAGUGAUCUUUUUCCUUCUUCUUUCUUCUUCUGCACUGUUGAGUGCUGGGCGGUCCUCCUCUCACAAAAGUUAGGGCUCUUUUGUCCUCUACAGUUAAAUUAAAAAAAAAAAGAUCUUCAAAUGUUCCCUUUCAGCUCAAGCCCUUACCCUUCCUUUCCUUCAUCUUCUUCUUCUCCUUUCCACCCUUUUUCUUUCCUCAAUCCUGAAAAUGUUUCAGCAAGUAACAACACCCUUGUUCUUGAUCCACUUUCUGUUCCCUACAUACCACAAACUCACCACCACCACCACCACCAUCACAACAACUCUCCAGCACUCCCAGAAACACUAACCAAUUUAGCGGUUGCCGGCAGUCCUGAUAACUGUUCGGCAAUGCCUAAACCAGAUCCUAGUGGCCCUCACUAUGGCAUUUCCUGUCUCCUCACUAAGAAACCAGCUAAGAAAGACCGGCACAGCAAGAUUUACACCUCUCAGGGGCUGAGGGACCGGAGGGUGAGGCUCUCAAUCGAGAUCGCAAGAAAGUUCUUUGAUCUUCAAGACAUGCUAGGGUUUGAUAAAGCCAGCAACACCCUCGAGUGGCUCUUCAACAAGUCCAAGAGAGCCAUCAAGGAUCUCGCUCGGAGCAAGAACAGCAACAGUGGUGGUGGUGGUGACCAUGACAACAACAAGAGCUUCUCUUCCGAAGAAGAUGAAGACUGUGAAGUUGUCUCAUCAAACCUACAACAAGAUCAAGAGCAAAGGUUAGAUUCAAACCAUAAUAAAGGGGGUGGUGCUGAAAAAGAGCUGUUGAAUAAGUUGAAAAGGGCACAGAAGGAACCUUCUUGUGCUCGUGCAAAGAUAAAGGAAUCAAGGGAGAAAGCAAGAGCAAGAGCAAGGGAAAGGACAAGUAACAAGAUCUGCAACAACAACAACAACACCACGCUGAAGAAAAAGCUCCCUGCUACUGAAAACUCUCUAAUCUUACAGCAACCAAAGUCUCCACCAAGGAUGCUUCACCACCCUCACCCUCAUCAUCUUCAUCACCACCUUGUGGGCGGUGAGGCGCCAAGAGAUGACUUCAACGUUAUUGAGGAAUCCAUUGUGAUCAAGAGAAAAUUGAAGCCAUGGUUGAUGUCUUCUUCUUCUCAUCAUCAUCAUCACCAACAACAACAACACCAUAAUCUUGUGAUCCCUAAGGAAGGGAGUUUCAACAACAACAGUGAAUACCACUCCUUCCCCAAUUCAUCUCCAAAUUGGGAUAACAACACUAGCAACAGUGCCACUAGCCGCUCCAACUUUUGUACAAUAGCCAGCAUGAACCUAUCAACAGGGCUCCAAAUCUUUGGAAAGUCUUGGGAGGAGUGCACAAAUCCACGUCCACACUAGUAAAUAAUGUUGGUGUGUUUUCAGUAUAUCAUCUUCUGAUCUUGAAACUCAAUCUAGUGCCUUGCCAAGGAGUAUGGUAUUAUUGAACCUUUUCUGUGUUUUCCACCAGUAACUUUUCUGUCCUUCAUUCUCUUUCAUUCAACAAUGUUUGUACUCAUGUUCGAUCAGCCAAUGGCGUGUGACAGUUGGCCACAGAGGUUGCUGCUGCGUGUGUUGUUUCUGACCAAUAAUUUCAAAGUGUUGUUGGCAUUGUAUGAUAAUUAUUCCAAUUAGUUAUCAAGAAACUGUUCCUUCUA